UGGACAAAAUGAUCUCAGUUACAAGUAUUGUGAUCAUGAGCUGCGCACUGGCCUUAGGCGUGCAUGGACAAAACGUGUGCUCGGAGGCGCAAUACCAAUAUAUACCAACGAAUCACCCCGUGAAGCUAUUACCAGUAUACAUGGAUCCCUACGUUGCCGACUAUAAUGUUAGCAUACCACCUAUACCCGAAUGCGUCAAAGGAGUCUCAGGUUUACACGCAAUAGUUUGCGACAAUGAUCAGCCGCCUAGCACCACCUUCGUCAAUUGGAACACUCUCAUAGUUCACCGUACCGGAAGCCUGGCCGGCAAAGGAGUGGUUUAUAUUACAGCCUACUGUAUUGAGUGAUAAAUCUUGUCCAUUACCCCUAAACUUGAUCUUUUCUCUUCAUUUUAUUUGUUACGGUGACUCCUGAGUGACAACAAACAGUCGAUUUCCAAUAACUGAUUAUCAAAGUGGUCAACAACCGUAAACUUUAAUGGCCAACAUCUGUCAUUCUUUGUGGCCAACUUCUGUCAAUUCUAGUGGCCAACAUACAUUUGUCAAUUCGCUUUGAAUUGUUCGCGAUUCGCUCACACAGGAUGCACCCUUACACGACGGGCUUUUAAUGAAUUUUCUUUUUAGCAAGGAAUGACGUUUUUAUGCCAGUACAUUUUAUAACCGUGCUUAUGUCUUAGAACUGAUCUAUGGUAGUUAAUAGUACUAGCAAAAUGUUUAAACAAUUAAUUACGUUUGUAAUUGAAGCAAAGUGAUCGCUGUUGUUGUUCUUUGUGAAAAAAGUAUUUUGUUUUCAAUAAAAUAACAAGUUUUCGUCGUCGUAAAGUUC